CGCCGCGGAGCAGUUGCGUCUCCAUCUGGCAGCCAACCCACCCAAGCCUUCUUCUCCUUCACCACCACCACCUUCCCUCCUUCCCACCUUCCCCUCCCCGCCUUCUUCCCUCCCCACCCCCGCCCCCAAUCUCCUCCUCUUUUUCUCACUACAAGCGGCUGCUGAUGCUGAAGCCGAGCGUCACUUCGGCUCCCACGGCAGACAUGGCGACAUUGACAGCGGUCCAGCCGCUCACUCUGGACAGAGAUGUUGCCAGAGCAAUUGAAUUACUGGAAAAGCUACAGGAAUCUGGAGAAGUACCAGUACACAAGCUACAGUCUCUCAAAAAAGUGCUUCAGAGUGAGUUUUGUACGGCUAUCCGAGAGGUGUAUCAAUACAUGCACGAAACAAUAGCUGUUAAUGGCUGUCCGGAAUUCCGUGCCAGAGCCACAGCAAAGGCAACAGUUGCAGCUUUUGCAGCUAGUGAAGGCCACUCCCACCCGCGGGUAGUCGAACUGCCAAAGACUGAUGAAGGCCUUGGUUUUAACGUGAUGGGAGGAAAGGAGCAAAACUCCCCCAUUUAUAUCUCUCGCAUCAUUCCUGGAGGGGUGGCUGAAAGACACGGAGGCCUCAAAAGGGGAGACCAGCUGCUGUCAGUGAAUGGAGUGAGCGUGGAAGGGGAACACCAUGAGAAAGCUGUGGAACUACUCAAGGCUGCCAAGGACAGCGUCAAGCUGGUGGUCCGAUACACCCCUAAGGUCCUGGAAGAAAUGGAGGCUCGAUUUGAAAAGCUCCGGACGGCCCGGCGUCGGCAGCAGCAGCAGUUGCUAAUUCAGCAGCAGCAACAGCAGCAGCAGCAACACACACAACAAAACCACAUGUCAUAGGUCCUUGAAGAAAAGCAACUGGAUCAAACACCGGAUAGUCACGAGUUUGAAACCAUGCUUCAGAACCCCAGCACAUAGUAAAAGGGAAAAACAACACCGAUAAUUAUACCUGUCAAGAAUCUGUGAA